GUCCUAGGCCCGUGCCUGGUCCAGGAUCCAAGCUCCUGGAAGCUGGCAUUGGGCCCGCCCUGGGUAGGCAUCAGUGAGCAAGGCGGGCGGACAGCCCUCGGCUCGCGGGCGUGUUGGCGGCGGGGGUCGCUCUGCGAGGGGACACUGGGCAGAAGGGGCGUGCGGCCUCUCUAGGAAGCUUUCUCAGAGCCCUCCACACUGGCAAGGAGCCCGCCCCCUCUUCCGGACCCCGGCGCGGCUCCCUGCACCCGGGGGCUAGGAGCGGAGUCACUUCUCCCUGCAGCCGUCCUGGGUCUGGUGGAGACGCACCCCCGGCCGACCCCGAGCAGCUGCAGCCGGCGCCCCUGCGGCUUCCCACCCGCGCUACUCCGCCCGCAGCGGAGGCCCGGCACUUCACGGGCUAGGGGUUUGGAGUCUGUGCGCCCAGCCCGGAGCGCCGCCGGGCCGCCCCGCACCCCGGGCCACCAGGGGCCGCUGUCGCCCCUGCAGCAGCUCUCACGCGGCGGCGCUGCGCAGGCGCCGAAGCCCGGAACCUUCGAGCCCAGCUUCUGUGCCCGGACGGGCCAAGUUCGCCGCCGUCCCGGUUCCCCUCGAGUCGACUCCAACUGCCAGCCCGGGUUGGCGCCAUGUACGCCGUGUACAAACAGGCGCAUCCGCCCACCGGCCUGGAGUUCGCCAUGUACUGCAACUUCUUCAACAACAGCGAGCGCAACCUCGUGGUGGCCGGGACCUCGCAGCUCUACGUGUACCGCCUCAAUCGCGACGCCGAGGCUCUGACCAAGAAUGACAGGAGCGCAGAGGGGAAGGCCCACCGGGAGAAGCUCGAGCUCGCUGCCUCCUUCUCUUUCUUUGGCAACGUCAUGUCCAUGGCCAGCGUGCAGCUGGCAGGAGCCAAGCGGGAUGCCCUGCUCCUAAGCUUCAAGGAUGCCAAGCUGUCUGUGGUGGAAUACGACCCGGGUACCCAUGACCUGAAGACCCUGUCGCUGCACUACUUUGAGGAGCCUGAGCUUCGGGAUGGGUUUGUGCAGAAUGUGCACACGCCGCGAGUGCGGGUGGACCCCGACGGGCGCUGCGCAGCCAUGCUUGUCUACGGCACGCGACUGGUGGUCUUGCCCUUCCGCAGGGAGAGCCUGGCCGAGGAGCACGAGGGGCUCGUGGGUGAGGGGCAGAGGUCCAGCUUCCUGCCCAGCUACAUCAUCGAUGUCCGGGCCCUAGACGAGAAGCUGCUCAACAUCAUCGACCUGCAGUUCUUGCAUGGCUACUAUGAGCCCACCCUGCUCAUCCUUUUCGAGCCCAACCAGACCUGGCCUGGGCGCGUGGCCGUGCGGCAGGAUACGUGCUCCAUCGUGGCCAUCUCACUGAACAUCACGCAGAAGGUGCACCCCGUCAUCUGGUCCCUCACCAGCCUGCCCUUUGACUGCACCCAGGCUCUGGCUGUGCCCAAGCCCAUAGGUGGGGUGGUGGUCUUUGCCGUCAACUCGCUGUUGUACCUGAACCAGAGCGUCCCCCCGUACGGUGUGGCUCUCAACAGCCUCACCACAGGCACCACAGCUUUCCCGCUACGCACCCAGGAGGGGGUGCGAAUCACCCUGGACUGCGCCCAGGCCACCUUCAUCUCCUACGACAAGAUGGUCAUCUCCCUCAAGGGCGGCGAGAUCUACGUGCUGACCCUCAUCACCGACGGCAUGCGCAGUGUCCGAGCGUUCCACUUUGACAAGGCGGCCGCCAGCGUCCUCACCACCAGUAUGGUCACCAUGGAGCCCGGGUACCUGUUCCUGGGUUCUCGCCUGGGCAACUCCCUCCUCCUCAAGUACACAGAGAAGCUGCAGGAGCCCCCGGCCAGUGCUGUCCGUGAGGCUGCCGACAAGGAAGAGCCUCCCUCAAAGAAGAAGCGAGUGGACGCGACGACCAGCUGGUCAGGUGAGGGCCGGGCCAGGGCUGGUCGGGAGUGGGGCCAGGUGACCCAGGGCUGCUCUCAGGUGAGCUCUCUGUGUGCAGCUGGGGGUAAAUCGGUGCCGCAGGACGAGGUGGAUGAGAUUGAAGUGUACGGCAGCGAGGCCCAGUCGGGCACACAGCUGGCCACCUAUUCCUUUGAGGUGUGUGACAGCAUCCUUAACAUCGGACCCUGCGCCAACGCUGCCAUGGGCGAGCCUGCCUUCCUCUCUGAAGAGUUUCAGAACAGCCCUGAGCCGGACCUGGAGAUCGUGGUUUGCUCUGGCCACGGAAAGAACGGGGCUUUGUCAGUGCUGCAGAAGAGCAUCCGGCCCCAGGUGGUGACAACCUUUGAGCUUCCCGGCUGCUACGACAUGUGGACAGUCAUCGCCCCGGUGCGUAAGGAGGAGGAGGACAAUCCCAAGGGGGAGGGCACAGAGCAGGAACCCAGAAGCCCUGAAGCAGACGAUGACGGCCGUAGACAUGGAUUCCUGAUUCUGAGCCGGGAAGACUCAACCAUGAUUCUGCAGACGGGGCAGGAGAUCAUGGAGCUGGACACCAGUGGCUUUGCCACGCAGGGCCCCACGGUCUUUGCUGGGAACAUCGGGGACAACCGCUACAUUGUCCAAGUGUCACCGCUGGGCAUCCGCCUGCUGGAAGGAGUGAAUCAGCUGCACUUCAUCCCCGUGGACCUGGGCGCCCCCAUCGUGCAGUGCGCCGUGGCCGACCCCUAUGUGGUCAUCAUGAGUGCCGAGGGCCACGUCACCAUGUUCCUGCUGAAAAGUGACUCCUACGGUGGCCGCCACCACCGCCUGGCACUGCACAAGCCUCCGCUGCACCAUCAGUCCAAGGUCAUCACGCUGUGCCUGUACCGAGACCUCAGUGGCAUGUUCACCACCGAGAGCCGCCUGGGCGGGGCCCGUGACGAGCUGGGAGGCCGCAUCGGCUCGGAGGCCGAGGGCCUGGGCUCGGAGACUAGCCCCACCGUGGAUGACGAGGAGGAGAUGCUGUAUGGGGAUUCGGGCUCCCUCUUCAGCCCCAGCAAGGAGGAGGCCCGGAGAAGCAGCCAACCCCCUGCUGACCGAGACCCUGCACCCUUCCGGGCAGAGCCCACCCACUGGUGCCUGCUGGUGCGGGAGAAUGGCACCAUGGAGAUCUACCAGCUCCCUGACUGGCGGCUGGUGUUCCUGGUGAAGAACUUCCCCGUGGGGCAGCGGGUCCUCGUGGACAGCUCCUUUGGACAGCCCACCACACAGGGCGAGGCCCGCAGGGAGGAGGCCACGCGCCAGGGGGAGCUGCCCCUCGUCAAGGAGGUGCUGCUGGUGGCACUGGGCAGCCGCCAGAGCAGGCCCUACCUGCUGGUACAUGUGGACCAGGAGCUGCUCAUCUACGAGGCCUUUCCCCACGACUCUCAGCUCGGCCAGGGCAAUCUCAAAGUCCGCUUUAAGAAGGUCCCUCACAAUAUCAACUUCCGUGAGAAGAAGCCAAAGCCAUCCAAGAAGAAAGCAGAAGGUGGCGGCACGGAGGAGGGGGCCGGGGCCCGGGGCCGCGUGGCGCGUUUCCGCUACUUCGAGGAUAUUUAUGGCUACUCAGGGGUGUUCAUCUGCGGCCCCUCCCCUCACUGGCUGCUGGUGACCGGCCGAGGGGCUCUGCGGCUGCACCCCAUGGCCAUCGAUGGCCCCGUCGACUCUUUCGCUCCAUUCCACAAUGUCAACUGUCCCCGCGGCUUCCUGUACUUCAACAGACAGGGUGAGCUGAGGAUCAGUGUCCUGCCUGCCUAUCUGUCCUAUGAUGCCCCAUGGCCUGUCAGGAAGAUCCCGCUGCGUUGCACGGCCCACUAUGUGGCCUACCAUGUGGAGUCCAAGGUGUAUGCGGUAGCCACCAGCACCAACACGCCGUGUGCCCGCAUCCCACGCAUGACUGGCGAGGAGAAGGAGUUUGAGACCAUCGAGAGAGAUGAGCGGUACAUUCACCCCCAGCAGGAGGCCUUCUCCAUCCAGCUCAUCUCCCCAGUCAGCUGGGAGGCUAUUCCCAACGCCAGGAUCGAGCUGCAGGAGUGGGAGCACGUGACCUGCAUGAAGACAGUGUCGCUGCGCAGCGAGGAGACUGUGUCGGGCCUCAAAGGCUACGUGGCCGCCGGGACCUGCCUCAUGCAGGGGGAGGAGGUCACGUGCCGAGGGCGGAUCUUGAUCAUGGAUGUGAUUGAGGUGGUGCCUGAGCCCGGCCAGCCCUUGACCAAGAACAAGUUCAAAGUCCUUUACGAGAAGGAGCAGAAGGGGCCUGUGACUGCCCUUUGCCACUGCAACGGCCACCUGGUGUCGGCCAUCGGCCAGAAGAUUUUCCUGUGGAGCCUGCGGGCCAGUGAGCUGACAGGCAUGGCCUUCAUCGACACGCAGCUGUACAUUCACCAGAUGAUCAGCGUCAAGAACUUCAUCCUGGCAGCCGACGUCAUGAAGAGCAUUUCGCUGCUGCGCUACCAGGAGGAGAGCAAGACACUGAGCCUGGUGUCGCGGGAUGCCAAGCCCCUGGAGGUGUACAGCGUGGACUUCAUGGUGGACAACGCCCAGCUGGGUUUUCUGGUGUCUGACCGCGACCGCAACCUCAUGGUGUACAUGUACCUGCCCGAAGCCAAGGAGAGUUUUGGGGGCAUGCGCCUGCUGCGCAGGGCGGACUUCCACGUGGGUGCCCACGUGAACACGUUCUGGAGGACCCCGUGCCGGGGGGCCACCGAAGGGCUCAGCAAAAAGUCGGUCGUGUGGGAGAAUAAGCACAUCACGUGGUUUGGAGAAGACCUACCGGCGGCUGCUGAUGCUGCAGAACGCGCUGACCACCAUGCUUCCGCACCACGCCGGCCUCAACCCCCGUGCCUUCCGGAUGCUGCACGUGGACCGCCGCACCCUCCAGAAUGCUGUGCGCAACGUGCUGGACGGCGAGCUGCUCAACCGCUACCUGUACCUGAGCACCAUGGAGCGCAGCGAGCUGGCGAAGAAGAUCGGCACCACGCCCGACAUAAUCCUGGACGACUUGCUGGAGACGGACCGCGUCACCGCCCACUUCUAGCCCCGUGGAUGCCGUUGCCACCAGCACCACCGCACUACCUCCCACCGCCAUUUUUGUAUAAAACACAAGGAAAAACAUUUUUGUUUGAGAGGAGUGUGUGGUCAUUACACGGCCUCCUGGCCCAGCUGCGGUCACAGCCCCCCAACGCGAGUGCCCACGAGGCUCGAGGCGUCCACACCUCCAGCGCCGCCACCUCCGUCGGCUCAAGGCGUAAAGGGCCCCCGCAGGCCCCAGGCGGCUGCCGUGGUCGUCGGGCCAUGCACCCUAGGUCUCCAGGUACUGGUAGAGCUCCUCCGCUGGGGGCACGAGGCUGAGGUGCACCAGAGCAC